AGCCUAAACUAUUCUGGGAGACAUUCUUUCUUAAAGGAAGUGCUUGUGAAAGGGGUUGAGAAAACCUUUGCCUCUUCUCUUAAAAAAUACAAAGCAUGGAAAGAUCGUCUUCCAUCCAUGGCUUGGGAGUAUAAUCCUGUAACAAAGCAGCCUAGGAUUGUCGAUCUCGAAGCUAUCGAUAAAGAUGAACAAGGAAAUGAAGAUGAGAUUUGCCCAGAUAAGAUUUUGGAGCAAAUUUGCGAUUUUGAGCUCCCAGACAUCCAAAUUCAUUGUUUUUCUUUUGAAAAUGUAUCCAGAUUUUGUUCUGGGCUAUUAUUGGAGUUUAUAAAGCCAACUCAUAUCAUCUUGUGUGAUAUUGAUCUAGCAUUUUUGAGGACAAUUGAGUUGUAUCAAUGGAGCAGGCUUUCGUCUGCACUUUCCAUGUCUCUUGAUACGGAAAAGGGUCUUGAGCCGCCUCCUCUUUUUGUAUCGGUAUUCCAACAAGAAGGCUCGGCGCAGGAGCAUCGUUAUUUGAUAAACUUGAGGGCAGAGGCAGAUGCGUUCACAUCCCUGCUAAAAAUAGAGGUCAAGUUUCCCCUUACGACAACCACAGAUAUUGAGGGGGCCCUUGCAAAGGUAUAUGUUGAUACCCGCGAAUUUCGAAGCAUCUUGCCUUCUUUGCUACACUCCAGCGGUCGCUUUGACAUUUGCCCAAUGAUGCUUUCCAUUGGGGAUUAUGUUAUCCAACGAAAGCUGGGUCAUUCGUCUCUUAUACAACUUUUCGUUGAGCGCAAAUCUCUUUCAGACCUGGUUGGUUCGCUCACUAACGGUCGAUUGUAUGACCAAACGAGAGCCAUGGUGCGCGUCACUUCAAGACCAUUUUUGCUGCUUGAAUUAGGAGCCUCUGUCCCGGACGAUUCCUCGGAUACCCUUCAAACCAAUCUGAGACUCUUUAAGGGGAAAAGUUCGCAGGAAAUCAGCGUCAAUGAUGUUCCCUCAAAACUUGUCAUUCUUUUGCUCCAUUUCCCUACCCUGAGAUUAUUGUGGUCGUUAGAGCCCAUUUAUUCUAUUGAGCAUUUUAAUAGAUUAGCUUCAAUAGAUCUAUUUGGGACACCAUUUAGCCAGCAUCAAAUGGUAGGGCAUUUUCUCCACGAUGAGAUGGCCGAAUCUGAAUAUGAAAGAGAUCUCACUGGAGAGCUUAUCUCCGAUUCGCUUCAAGAUGCACUCUAUGUUUUGCAGGAUUCUGGAUUGAUAGAUACAUUCUCCUUGACAGCCAAACAUCCCACCUUAAGGAGCUUGAUUCUACAAUGCGAGGAUUCAUUUUUUAAGCAGCCGCUACUAGUAGAGUUGAAUCGUUAG